AUGGGGCACAAGGGAAAGUUGCUGCAAACUGAAAAAAGAGACAGAUUUAGUGUGCUUCCAGAUGGAGUUGCUCAUCAUAUUCUUUCCAGUCUCGAUUUUAGAGACCUUACUCGAGUGGGUGCUGUGUCCAAAACAUGCAGACAAUUUUAUCUGUCAAUUCCCUCAUUGGAUCUGGAUGAAAAUUACUAUUCAAGAACUGGUGAGUUGCAUGAUAAGAUGUUGAACUCAUGGGAUAGGUAUUUAUUUCAUCGUGGAGAUAAUAGGGUGCAGCAGUUUCGCCUUCAGUGGAAUUUCUGUUGGAAUACUUCUGUUCGUACAAAUGAUUUGUCUCAUCUCAACAUAUGUGGUGAGAAGCUUGGAGAUAUACAUAUUACAUGGAGAAAUGUUUCUUCGUCACCAGGCAGCAAAUCUUUAAGUAUUUCUGCCCCGGUUCUUAAAAAAUUGAAAUGGAAAGGUGGUCUGAUGAAUAGCCAAAAUCUGGGGAGAUUUGUCUGUUUGGAGCAUGCUGAAAUUUUUCUGGGAUAUGAAGUGAAUUAUGACAUUGAAAAUAUAUCCAAGUUUCUUUGCAGUAUAUGCAUGGCUAAAUUUGUUAUUCUCAGCGAAUUAACCAUCAAGGCUUUGCUGAGCGAAGGUUCUAUUAAGGCUCCAUUAAGUGAUAUCCGUAAGCUGGGUUUGCCUCUGAGUAGUUUGAAUGAUGAACUAGUUCCAACAGCGGUCUCUCUUCUGAAGGGAAUGCCUAAUUUGAAUACUUUGUACUUAAAGUGCACUCAAUUCUCAGGGCUUGCUAAUUCUGUAUGUUCCGGGUUUGAUAUGGAUUCUUGGAAGUUGCAAAGGCUUUCUUUCAUUUAUCAGCUGAAAGAGGCAACACUAUGGCUCCCCAGUGGAUCUAAUGGAAUUGAGUUUGCAAGGUAUAUCCUUGAGAAUGCUCCAAAUUUGGAGAAAAUGGUCAUAGUUCAUUUUGUGAAACAAUUUGCUGCUGUAAGGGAGUUACAGAACAAGAUGAUUUCCAAUGCCACUGUUGUUUUUCAUGACAGAUACAGCGCGUACUUAAACCAUCUGGGUUUUCCUGAAGAGAGUUAA